AAGGGUCCCUGCCCCCAUUGACAAAGUGCGAACGACUGGGAGGUCCGCAACAAUAUAAGGGGCCCGAGGAGUGUCAGAGGGACACCAUCUAUCUCUGGUUGACUUGUGCUACCGUGCUGCUGUUUAUCACACUGAUAGUUUUCCACUCAUGGAUUUCCUCCGCGCUUGUGUCCUGUGCACCGCUCUCUUCGGUCUCGCCAAGGCUUUUACGCAUCAGGAUAUGAAGGACGCGCUGCUGCAGAAACUCGGCUUGGAUGAAGUUCCUAAAAUUCAUAAGAGGGAUUUGGAAAAUCUAGUUAUCCCGGCGCAUAUCAGAAAUAAGUACCUGUCCAUGCUGAAGAUGCACCACAGCAGGAGACGUAGAUCUCUGCCCAGCUUGGCGGGCAUUCUGAGGGGGAUCCCUGGUAAUGCAGACAUCUCCGGGGAGUAUGUGUAUUCUGACACCACUCGGCAUCGCAUGGUGUUCGACAUGGAGGCGAGGAUCCCGGACAACAGCGAAGUGACUAUGGCGGAACUGAAGCUCUACCAGCGGGCUUCCUACCACAAACGCUUCGCGGUGGACAGGAAGAACCACCGGCCAGUCAAUAACGCCCGGGUCAGCAUCUACUGGGUGGAGGUGCUGCCAAACGGAUCCAACCGGACAUCGCUGGUAGAUUCACGGUUGAUCCCCAUUCACGAGACCGGCUGGAAGAGCUUUGAUGUGACCCAGGCGGUGCACUAUUGGUCCAAGACCCAGCAGAAGACACCUAUGCACCUGGAGGUGUGGAUCGAGGGCGAGAGACCUGGCAGCUACGCGGCAGAGAUGGCCAAGAGUGUGCGCUUUACCACCCAGGAGCAGACGGACAACACCUUGGGAAAGCCCGAGCUCAUCCUCUACACACUCAACCUCGAAGAGUACGGUUCCCGCGGCGACUGCGACAUCAACCAAAACAAGGACACCUGCUGCAGGGAGCAGUACUUCAUCAACUUCCGUGCUCUCACCUGGACGCAGUACUGGAUCAUCGAGCCAGCAGGCUACCAGGCCUUCAGGUGCACCGGAGGCUGCAAACAACCCAAGCGCAACUUCGGCUACGGGGAGAGGCGGUGCACGGUGUCUGAGAGCGCCCCAUUACCCAUCAUGUACCUGGUGAAGAAGGGGGACUACACUGAGAUAGAAGUGGCUGAAUUCCCCAAUAUGAUUGUAGAGAGGUGUGCCUGCACAAUGGACAAUGUCUCCAUAGUAUGAAGUCAUGGAAAACAGCUAUAGUAAUCCUAUAUCAACAGACUGCUGGGAUGUUUUAUAGGAAUAUUAUAGUGGUUUUCAUUGGGGUGUUGAUGUAUUUAAUGGUUUUAAACAACACGUGUAGUACUUUCUAUUUAAAUGGACAUUUAUGGGAGUUUCACACAAAACAGGCAGUCCUUCUGCCAUUAAACUCCACCUCCUUCCACAAGCACUUUUAUAUAUUUUGGAAAUUUUGAUACCUUUUUUUAUUUGAAUUUGUGUGAGUUGUGUUGAAUCUGCAGCAGUCAUUCAAAUUCUGUCUGAUGUGUUAUAUUUUCAAGCUGUACAUAAUAAGGAUGAGUUUAUGUUUGGAAAAUAAAAUAUUUUGU